AUGGAGGAGAAUUCUGGAGAAAAGAGAUCGGGAUGUGGGCUGUUAAACGCAGUGUUUGGUAAACGUGGGUUUUGGCCAAAGAAGCCGAGUUCGAUCGGCGAUAAUUGCAGCAGCAACAACGAACCUUUGGACACGGUGGCCGCCGCACAAAAGCCCGUGGCCAGAACCAACGUGUCGACGGCAGCUCCUCUGCCUUCUUCUUCUUCUUCUCAUGCGAGAAAACCUUCUCAUGAUACCGCGAAAGCAGUGGCUCCGACACAAAACCAGCAAGGAAGGAGGGUUCCAAAAGAAACGAUUGGCAUCUCCGGCGAGCUGGAGAGCAUGAUCGCCGAUCACCAGAAAGCAAAAGGAAGCAACACGCUUGUCCGAGCUUCGUCUAGUAACGUGAUGCUGUUUGGGAAUUUGGGUAACUUGAGGCAACCUGGAGGAGGAGGAGGUGGAAACACGAACACCCAAAAUGUUCUUGAUUCUCUACCGAAGACUGCUAGAGAAGAGCGAACGAAACCACCGAGUCUUGAGCAAGCUGGAUCUUUGUGCAGAGCUCUAUCGACAAGAAUGGACCCUGAAACUCUCAAGAUGAUGGGUAAUGAAGAUUACAAGAAUGGGAAUUUCGCUGAGGCCUUGGCGCUGUACGAGGCAGCCAUUGCCAUUGAUCCCAACAAAGCUUCAUAUCGCAGCAACAAAAGCGCUGCCUUGACAGCUCUUGGUCGAAUUCUUGAGGCAGUUUUUGAGUGCAGAGAGGCCAUCAGAAUAGAACCUCAUUACCACAGAGCUCACCAUCGUCUUGCGAACUUAUAUCUCAGGUUAGGGGAAGUUGAGAAUGCAAUCUAUCACUACAAACAUGCAGGACCUGAAGCUGAUGGUGACGACAUUGCCAAGGCCAAAUCUCUCCAGUUCCAUCUCAACAAGUGCACAGAAGCCAAGAGGCUACGUGACUGGAACACGCUUGUGAAAGAAGCUGCUAGCGCUUUGUCUAGUGGUGCAGAUUCAGCACCGCAGAUAUAUGCAUUGCAAGCUGAGGCCUUUUUGAGACUCCAUAAACACCAAGAUGCAGAUGAGGCACUGUGCAAGGGUCCUAAGUUUGAUGUGGAUUCCUGUACCAAGUUCUUUGGCGCUGUUGGUAAUGCCAAUUUGUUAGUGGUUCGAGCUCAGGUUGACAUGGCUGCCGGCAGAUUUGAUGAUGCAUUAGCGGCUGUUGAAGGAGCAACAAAACUUGACAUGAACAACAGAGAAGUGAAGGCAGUGUUGAGGAGGGCGAAGGCAGUGGCAAUGGCAAGAAGUCAAGGGAAUGAUCUGUUCAAGGAGUCAAGAUUUACAGAAGCCUGCUUUGCAUACUCGGAGGGUCUACAGCACGAUCCUUACAACUCAGUCUUGUUAUGCAACCGAGCUACUUCUCGCUCCAAACUUGGACAAUUCGACAAAGCUCUCGAGGAUUGUAAUCUUGCUCUUAAUCUCCGUCCCAACUACACUAAGGCUAGGUUAAGAAGAGCCCAAUUUAAUGCCAAGCUGAGGAAUUGGGCGGCUUCAAUACAAGACUAUGAGAUGUUGCAGAGCCAGACACAGGGCGACGAAGAGGUGGGGCGGGGACUGGCGGAAGCACAGCUACAGCUCAAGAAACAACGUGCUCAUGUAGACGCUUGA